ACUGCUUUUUGAUUCAUCAAAAAGCAAAAAUGGCUGCUGCUUCUCCAUCAUAUCUCAUAGUCAUAAUGCUUCUAAGCUGUUUGAUGGCUCGCAUAGGAAUAUCUAAGAGCCAUGAUGUUUUUUCAUCAAAUCUCCAAGCCCUUGAUACUGCACCAGAACCCUCCCAUGAUCCAUCCGCCAUUGCAUCCGCCUCUCAAGAUUUUGGUCUCAUUGUGAAAUCCGUUCCCCAGGCGGUUCUCUUCCCUUCCUCGCCGCAAGACAUUGCUUCUUUCAUCCAAUCCAACUACAAUAGUCCGGCUCCCUCCACCAUAGCAGCCAGAGGGAAUUCCCAUUCCAUCCGUGGCCAAGCGAUGGCGAGAAACGGGAUCGUCGUUAACAUGACGUCGAUGAACGAGAAUCCGAACCGAAUCGUUAUCUCCCCCGACCGGAAGUACGCGGACAUUGGCGGCGAACAGCUUUGGAUCGAUGUGUUGGACGUGACACUGAGGAGUGGAUUGUCACCUGUUUCUUGGACCGAUUAUCUGUAUCUAACUGUAGGCGGAACUUUGUCCAAUUCUGGAAUCAGUGGGCAAACUUUUCGUUAUGGUCCUCAGAUCAGUAACGUUUUUGAAAUGGACGUUAUAACAGGGAAAGGUGAUCUUGUGACUUGCUCUCCAAACAGCAACUCCGAUCUCUUCUAUGCUGCUCUUGGAGGUUUGGGCCAGUUUGGAAUAAUAACAAGAGCAAGAAUCCCACUUGAACCAGCACCAAAACGGGUUAAGUGGAUACGAAUGUUGUACAGUAAUUUCACAGCUUUUAGUAAAGACCAAGAGCUUUUGAUCUCCAAAAACGAAAGGGAUGACAAUAAUGCACUGAAUUAUGUAGAAGGCUCCCUUCUGUUGAAUCAAGGUUCUUUAGAUGGAUUUUUCCCACCCCAAGAUCAACCCAAAAUAAUCACCUUUAUAUCCGAAUUCGGCAUUAUUUACAGUCUUGAAAUCGUCAAGCAUUACGAUGAUCAAACAAAUGCCACGGUGGAGAAGGAUUUGCAGCAGCUUCUUAAAGGCUUGAGUUACUUCCCUGGAUUUCUGUUCGAAAAAGAUGUCGAAUACAUAGAGUUCUUGAAUAGGGUACGAAGUGAAGAGCUGGUUCUUAGAUCAAAAGGAUUAUGGGAGGUUCCACAUCCAUGGUUGAAUCUUUUUAUACCCAAAUCUCGGAUGGCAGACUUCAACGAUGGGGUUUUUAAAGACAUCGUCCUUCAAAGAAAUCUCACCACCGGCCCUCUCCUUGUCUACCCCAUGAACAGAAAUAAGUGGGAUGAUAGAAUGUCAGCUUCUAUACCAGAUGAAGAGAUUUUCUACACAGUAGGGUUUUUGCUUGCAAGUGGAUUCGAUAAUUGGCAAACUUAUGAUGAUCAAAACAUGGCAGUUCUGCAGUUUUGUCAAAAUGCUGGAAUUGAGGUUAAGCAGUAUCUUCCUGAUUAUACAACUAAAGACGAUUGGAGUCGUCAUUUUGGCCCAAAAUGGAACGCUUUUCAGCAGAAGAAACAACAGUUUGACCCAAAAUUCUUGUUAUCUCCUGGACAGAGUAUUUUCAAUAGCUAA